AUGGGCUUCACCACGGGCUUGCUCGGCGGCUUCACGCUAACAGCCACCCUACUCUACCUCUCCGCCUCCCUGCACACGCGCAAUCGCAGCUACCAAUCCGUCCUAUUGCGCCAACAAUCCCACCUCCUCAACAACAUUGUCGAGCCCCAACCCGCUCUCCCCCCACCUACAGCACGGGUUAUCGACGCGGGACUCUGGGAGACGGCUAAGGAUCGGUGGAAUGCGGAAUUGGAGGGAAAUGUGCGGAAAGUGCAGGAAAUGGAUUGGAGAGGGGUCGGUGAGAGGGUGGAGGAGGGCGUGAGCAGGAUAUGGAGGAGGGCGUAUGAUAAGACCAAGGAGGUGGUGGAUAAGUCGCCGUGA